AUGCGAGCUUCGGCAGAGGUAUCCGGAGCAGUUGAAAGUACAACAAUCACUCGUGAUGAUGUGCGACAACUUGAAUUACAUGAUGAGUGUACAGCAUCUAAAGCCGAGAUUAGUGUUGACGAAUUUGGUUGGGAUGGCGUGUACUGCUUUAAGCUGAGACUUGAUUUGACCACGACGGCGGAAGUUGUCGGGGCGGAGACAACUUGA